CCGGAGGCGGGGUCCCCAAGCUGCGCCCGCGCCCCUGGCGCGCCAGUCCCGGGGCUGCAGGGAGCGCAGCGCGCGCCGCCCGGGCCCCGGCACUGUUCGCCCUCCAGACACGAUCCUCCCGGAGCCAGGACCGUGGCCACCUUGGCCACUGCGCCGGACGCGCCCCCAGCCGCGCGGGACGCCACAGCGGACGCGACUUCCCCGCGCCGGACAUCGCUCCCCGCUGCCUUCUCCCGCCCGGACGCCGUCCCCUCCCCCUCCGUGGGCCCCCACCGCGUCCCCUGCAUCCCCUAGGGGUCCUUGACACCCGGCGCUGGACGUCGCCGCCCCCUGUCCCUCUGCGCGCCAGAGCCCCGCAGGCUCCGCGACCCCGGCCCCGCGCCCGAUGCCUCUCCCUGGGGGGCUGUGGUGGCUCCUAUGCUGCCGCCGGGGCUUCACCCUGCUGCACCGCGACUACGGCGACGGCGAACUCUGUGGGGACGGGGACGAGGACGAAGACGAAGAGAGCUUCGAGCUGCGGAUCCCGAGUCCGGCGGGCGGCGGGAGGAGUCCCCUGGAGGUGGCGCUGACUCAGCCUGGGAGGAGCGGGCCGGUCUCUGACAGGCUGCAGAGCUGGGAGGAGACUAGGAGCCUCAUCCCAGAGAAGGGACUGCAGGACGACGACCCCGACGUGGUUGUGAAAGGCUGGUUAUACCGAGAGCCCCGAAGAGGAGGGGCGCGGCCAUGGCUGCCCCCACGCCGAGCCUGGUUCGUGCUCACGCGUGAUUCCCUGGACCAGUUCAGCAGCAGUGGGAAGGGUGCAAGGCGCCUGGGCAGCCUGGUGCUCACCAGCUUGUGCUCUGUAAGCGGCCCAGAGCGCAGGCCCAAGGAGACUGGUCUGUGGUCCCUGACUGUGUCUGGCCGCAAGCACAGCAUCCGCCUGUGUUCCCCGCGCCAGGCCGAGGCCGAGCGCUGGGGGGUGGCCCUGCGGGAUGUGAUCUCCUCCAAGGCACCCCUGGAGACGCCCACCCAGCUCCUGCUCAGGGACAUCCAGGAGAGUUGCGGGGACCCAGAGGCAGUAGCCCUCAUCUACCGGCGGAACCCCAUUCUGAGGCACACCAGUGGGGCCCUGUAUGCCCCGCUCCUGCCCCUGCCCUACGGAGGGGGCGCUCCAGGUCCUGGCUAUGCACCCCUGCGAGAGGAGGCGGUGCGGCUGUUCCUGGCGCUGCAGGCGCUAGAGGGGGCGCGGCGGCCUGGGCCCCUGAUGCAGGGCGUGCUGCAGACCUGCCGGGACCUGCCUGCGCUCCAGGAUGAGCUCUUCCUGCAGUUGGCUAAGCAGACCUCGGGCCCCGCGGGUCCUCCCGGGCUCCCCGCUGCGCAGGACCCCGCCACCUUGCGCUACUGGCAGCUGCUCACCUGCAUGAGUUGCACCUUCCGUCCUGGGGGCGCUGUCCGGGGCCAUCUCCUGGGGCACCUGGAGAGGACGGAGCAGGCACUCCCCGACUCCGAGCUGGCGGAGUACGCACGCUUCAUCCGCAAGGCGCUGGGCCGCACGCGCGGCCGAGAGCUCGUGCCAUCUCUAGCCGAGAUUGCUGCGCUGAGCCGGCGGCAGGAGCUGCUGUGCACCGUGCACUGUCCGGGCGCUGGGGCCUGCCCGGUGGCCAUCGACUCGCAUACUACCGCGGGAGAGGUGGCUCGGGAGCUCGUCGGGCGGCUGGGCUUGGCGCGGAGCCGCAACGUGUUCGCGCUGUACGAGCUGCGCGGGGCCCAGGAGCGCGCCCUGGCCGGCGGCGCCAUCGUGGCCGACGUGCUCACCAGGCUUGAGAAUUUGGCGGCCGAGGAAAAUGGGUCGCAGGACUCGACAGACUCGGGGUGGAAACUCAGCCUGCGCCUCCAUGGACCCCUGCACCCCGAAGGACUGUGCCCCGACGGCCACCAGCUGCCGUUCCUCUUUGAGCGGGCUCACGCUCUGCUGCUGCGCGCCCGGCCCGCCCCGCCCGACGACGCCACGCUGUGCGCCCUGGCGGCGCUGCGUCUGCAGAGAGGCAGCGGAGGCGCGCGCCCGGCGGCCACGGUGCUGGGUAGCUGGAAGCGGCUGCGGGGCCUGGGCCGAACCGAGGCCAUGGCUGCCUACCUGGCGCUGGCGGCGCAGUGUCCGGGGCUCGGCGCUGCUCGGUAUGACGUUCUGGAGCUGAGCACGGAGCCUGGUGGAGGUGCUCCACAGAAGCUUUGCCUGGGCCUGGGAGCCUCGGCCCUGUCCCUCUCCCGGCCUGGGGACACGGAGCCCAUCCACAGCGUCAGCUAUGGUCAUGUGGCCGCCUGCCAGCUGAUGGGCCCUCACACCCUGGCGCUGAGGGUCGGGGACAGCCAGCUUCUCCUGCAGAGCCCGCAGGUGGAAGAGAUCAUGCAUCUGGUGACUGCCUGCUUGGCCACCCCCUCCCCGGAGAGGCCUCCCUGCCAAGAGCGUCCAGACGCCUCCCCUCCCUGCCUGGACCGGGGCCUGGACAAGCCCCAGGGACAGCCUGGCUGCUUGGGGCAGCUGCAGGACUGAGCUUGCCAAAAUGUCACGGCUGCCUGCUGCUUCUGGCCCAGCCAGGGCUGCCCUGGGACCGGAGGAGACAUGGACCCUUUGGCCCUGCAGGGACAGGGCACACCCCACAAGCAAGGACCACGACGGGUGUGGGCACUUUUCUAGUUUGUUUCUUAAUUUAUUUGUAGAACAGGAGGGGGGAAAAAAAGCCUUAUUUACACAGACCCUUCUUGUGGGAGUGUUGUGGGAACAACUCCGGCUCCGCCCUUGACACCCACUCUUGGCCUUCAGGUGCAGGGGGCAUAUGCACCAUACCCCACCCUCCUGGGGCUCUGCUCUGCCCCUCUGCAACCACUGCCCUGGGGGUAGGCAUGUGGGAAGGGGGUGCGGCUGGGAGCUGUGAUUACUCAGCCUCUCCCCAUGGAUGGCAGAGGGGUGGCCUCCUGGCACCCCUGACUCACCAGGCCCACACUGCCCAGGUCCUACCUGGGAGCCUGGAUCUGGCCCCUGUGUGGGUCCAUCUCUGCUGUGCCCACGGCUUUGGGGAUGGCAGGGAGACGCCGGCAGGAGACCCAGAAACUUCCUGAAGAUGGAGUGGAGAUGUGCUUAGCCACUCAGGCCUGGUCCAGUUCGGCUCUGAUGGUGCCAGAACCAACUCAUCAGAACCACUCAAGGCCGAGCCCUGCUUCUGUGGUCGCCACACCCAUGGGACCAGUGGAGGGCCCUUGGGUGACUGACACUGGCCAACCUGAACAGGGAGCUGAGGCACAGAGGAGAUGCUACCAGAAUCCAGAGAAGGGUUCACUCUGGAGGAUCAAGUUGGCCCCCGGGGGGGGGUCGCCUGGCUGCUGUAGGUUUUGCAAGACCUGGUACGUGGUGAAAAGCAGAGUUCCUGCCAGCGUGACCACUAUCUGUCAGCAUCACCCAGAUUCAAGGGUAAACCCUUGCUGGGCGAGGUGCACAUGCCUGUAAUCGCAGCACUCGGGAGGCUGAGG